CAUCCUCCCUAUUCAUAACCUUUGCAAAGCUGAAAUCAGCAGAAAUCAAAAAUAUAUUUAUUUAAAUGCACAGUCUGUCUAUGUCUAAUAGUGUAACAUCUUGUCUAUAUUAAAAAUCAGCUGAUAUCAAUUUAUUACUAAUAUAAAUAAUUAAUAAAAACCCAUGAAUACCAUGAGAAUUAUGAAAACUUUACCUCGCCAAUGGCGCUCGAUCUCGAGGUGUUCCGUCUUGAGCCAAGAAAUCAUUCAUGCGGCCUCACCUAUGACUGUACCAGUUCCAGAAGGCGGCCAAAAGCCAGUGUCCUCUAAAAUUGAAAAGUUGGUGUCGGAAAUCACGACUCUAAACUUGCUAGAAGUAUCAGAGCUGAGUCAAGUACUUAAGAAGCGAUUGAACCUGCCCGAUGCGCCGCUAAUGCCGGCGGGCGGGUUCGCAGCCGCCGCUCCCGCCGUUCCCAUUGAAGAGGAAGAGGUAGCACCUAAAGCUGUAAAGACUAGCUUUACUGUAAAAAUGUCUAAAUUUGACGAGAAACAAAAAGUGGCACUGAUUAAAGAAGUGAAGAGUCUCCUUGAAGGCUUUAACCUGGUCCAGGCGAAGAAGUUCGUUGAAAGUGUUCCAACGAUUGUAAAGGCGGAUAUCUCCAAAGACGAAGCAGAAAAGCUCAAAGUGGCUCUCACUAAAGUUGGAGCUGUUGUAGAAAUUGAAUAGAUUUAGCUUUAGUUCGUACUUAAUAAUCUAUAUUGCUAGAACGUUUGAAUAAAAAUAAUUAAAAAAUU